AAUGAAGUGUAUUCAAGGACAUUUGAGGACUUCAUCGUUUGAAGUAAAUAAAUGUCAGUUACUGUCAGUAUUAAAAAUAGAUGCAUCAUAAAUUCUCACUGAACUAUUCGUUCAUUUCAAACUUCAUACUAAUUUGAUUUGUUGACGAUAUCUUCGACAUUAGCUACUUUUUUUCCAAUACCAUACGUGUACAUACAAAUUCUAUAUCAUUUGGACGUUUUUGAUAUAAGAGUCUUAUUUUCACAUUCCUUUCUGAUUCUUAAUCUCGAGGUAGAUUUAUUAACUUUUCUGAAUGCCAGAUCUUCCUUUUUGUAUCAGCCACUGUUCCGGUUGUCUUACAUUGACGUGCGAUGCUAUUGAAUGCUUCGUUACUGACUGUCCAAAUGGUUGUGGGAUGCGUAUGCAUUCGUGCAAGGUUGAUGACCACGUGGAUCAAAUAUGCCCCAAAACCAUAGUUCCAUGUAUUAACAAAGAAGUCGGUUGUCCACAUUUAAUAUGUCGUGAGGACAAGUCAUUUCAUUUACUCAAUUGUCCUGCUAGUGUUGUGAGCUGUAAUGCCCGAUGCCCAUUGCUUUUCAGGCAAACACAGAAAAAGUCUACCUCUCCAGUAACCUGUACUGUGAAUCCGAUUAUUCAUUAUGCUUCUUGUAAUUCAUAUGUUUACCGACCAAUUAAUUCACCUCUGUUGGGGGUCGAUUUUGAUACCAAUCAGCGAACUUUUACAAAUCAAACUGAUGGUCAUAUAACCAAUGUAUUAAAAUUGAUCAAUGAGGAACAAGUUUAUAAAACACUAAGCAGCGGUUUUGUAGAAUCACCAUUAUCAUCCUACAUGUGUGAUCAUCCAGGAUAUAUUUGUGGUUGUACAGUUCAAAGAACAAAUUAUGGAUCACACUAUCAGUUGCAUAGUAAUAUACAAGCGCAAUUAGACGGAUGGAUUGAACUUCGUUGUCCAUUGUCUUUUUUAGGUUGUAAAUAUGCUGUAGUUAAUCUUCGUCCUAAUAGUGAAUAUAAUCAUUUAUUGUAUAAUCCAACUCUUGCUACAUUUACAACGCGGUAUGAAUCAGAAACUAAUCAACAUAAUAUACUUACUCAUCAUUCAAAACUAACAAAUAGCGAAUGUUUUAAUUUUGAUCAGUUGCCUGCAGAACUUUUAAUUUACUUAUCUUUUUUCUUAGAUGAUAUGUCUUUACUUUGUUUAUCUAAAGUUUCUAACCGAUUAUCUACCGUAUAUAAAAAUAUUCUUUGUGCAAGGUUAAUUGUCACACCACAAUGGGAUAAAGUUCAUCACAGAUCAUCAGAUUUAUUCUCCUGGUGUAUUACAGGAUUUUUGUGGUCUUUUCCACAACGUGCUGAAUCUAUCAAAGGAUGGAGAUCUGCACAUGGUGCAUCAGCUAGAUCAAAGAUUUCAGCUCAUUUAACCAGUUGUCAUUAUAACGAUAAAACCAUACGUGUAUUUCCAUUCUGUUAUUUGGAAUGAAUAAAAAUUUGAAUAACAAAAUAAUAGGUUUAUUAGCAAGGCAUCUUUAACUCUAUCCACUUCCUUACUAUCAUAAUAGGUAGUACAAUCGCUCAUUUGUGAAAUAUCUACAGUAAUACUACACUAUUAUAUAUAACCAGACUAGCUUCUAAUCAUUUGAAUGCCUUAUGUUGUCUUCCUUCUGAAAUCGCACUAAAAUAACCAUCAACUAUCCUAUUCAUUAUUAAACUACUUUAGAUAAAUAAGUGAUUCUCUUAAGUACUAUCUACUUACCAACACAAACACAUAGCAUGCCAUCAUUAUGUGACGAUGAGCAGUAUAAGAAAACGUUUUUUGUAAAAUCAUUGACUUAUAGAUGUUUUCAUCGAACUUUUUUUCACGUCUGUUUAAGUUGUAUUACGUACAAUAAAGUACCUGUGUAAAUCCUUGUAUGUAUAAACAUAUGUAUUUGCACGUAUAUAAUAUAAUAUAUCAUUCAUUGUCCAAA